CCUCGGCCAACUUUCAUUCAACAAAGGCCGCAAUUCCAAGGCUCGAACUUCCAACAACCUUACCAAAUACAAGGUGGAUAAGGGUUUCAACAACAACAACAACCCGACAAGCUAUCUAAACUUGAAGACCUUGUGAAUACCUUUGUGAGCACGAGUGCUCAUAAGUUCGAGAAGAUUCAGCAAUUUUUGGAUGAGGCGAAUACCUAGUUUACAUCAGUUGAGGUGGGACUCCAAAGCCAUCAAGCAAGCUUUCAAAUUUUGGAGAUGCAAAUCGCCAAUCUUGCCGGGAUCCUCACCGAGAGACCAAAGGGAGCCCUUCCCUCUCAAACCAUUGCCAACCCCAAAGAUCAAGUCGGGUGCAAUGUGAUCUACUUGAGGAGCGGGAAGGUGACUACGAGAGUUGUGGCUAAGGAAGUGAUUGAGAAGGAAGACUCAAACCCCAAGGAUGGAGAUGAAGAGCCCUCGGUGGGAGGAAAAGAAGUAGCAAGGAAGGCAUCGCCAACGCCAUCUCCGAUGGCUGAGUACAAGCCACCUCUUCCUUUCCCCACAAGGGUGUACAAGGAGAGGUUGGAGGCGGAAUGUAGAGGCUUCAUGGAGAUGCUCCGAAAUAUCCACUUCAACAUCCCCUUCCUUGAAGCUAUGGCCCACAUGCCAAGGUACACAAAGUACCUCAAAGGAUUCCUCACCAAGAAACCGAAGUUCGAAGACCUCGCCAAUGUGAUUCUAGGUGAAGUGUAACAUCCCGUUCCGGCAAAACCCAUAUUUCGAUCGCUAGAAAGUUCGCGAUUUAAAAUCGAGCAUGUCGACACUAUUUCGGCGAAAAUCAGAUUAUCGAUCGAUCGGAUAAGUAUACGUAUUAAUUAUAUAUAUAUAUAUAUAUAUAAUUAGUAGGCGGCCAAAACCACUUUCCAUUUAUUUAUAUAUCUACAUACUAAUCCAUCACUUUCCCUAUUCCUUUUCUAAACGCUCGGACCAAAAUUAUUGAGAAGCAGAGAGCGAACAGAGGAGUUCAGGGCAGGGACGAGGAAAAGUCUCAGUGUUUGAUUCUCCAGUUCUAGUGAUCCAAAAAUCCCGUAAGUAAUGCCUAAUUCAUCUAUUCAUCGUGAUUUAUCGAUUUAGAGCUUUAAAACGAGUUUUUGGUUCAGGAAUUUCUUGAAUUCCCGAUAAGCCAAAUUAGGGUUUCGGAGUAUCCGGAAGCCGGAUUGAGCCAAAAUUUCAUAUACGAGCUUCCUGCAGCGAGGUAAUCAAUCCCCUAGUUCUAAUCCCUGAAUUUCGGCUAUUAAUUAGGCCGGGGUCCAAACCGCUGAAUUUAGCUCCGGCCAGGGUUUGAUGUGUUUUUAUCGAGAAUUUGACCCGGAGCCCAGAACUAAUAUUGACGGGGAUACUGCAGGGGAUAUUAGGACGGUCUCGGAUUUUAAUUCGGGGUUCGUUCGUGAAAUUGACGUUUUAGUACGGGAAGGUUAAACCGGUGUUUGAACGACCAGAACUGGUGAGGGAUUAGCACGGCAUACCGGGUUUGUCAUAUCACGAUAAUUAUAUUAAUGCUUAGAAUUGAUCUAGGUGAACUAGAAUGGCAUGAUUAGGGGUGUAUGAACUUUUGUGCUAUAUGUUGAACCCUAGAUUGCUGUAUGAUAUUAUUGACUUGCCCUAAUCGAUAUGAACCUUGUUUAUGCUGAUGAUUGUGUAUAUGUUGCAAAUUGUGGGCUUGACUAUUAAUAUGCUUUACGAUGGUUCGAGAAGGUGAUUAUGUAUGAUUUUUCAUGAUUGUUGUAUUUGGAUGCACAUGUGGGAAAAUACAUGUUCCCUGGUGAUAUUAUGACGUUUAAGGAGGAUGACUGGCACGAGGGUUUAUCCCGAGGAAGUGCAAUUAUACGACUCCUGAUUUACCUAUGUUGAGCCAAUUAUGGCCAGGUCAAGUACAUGUGCAAGUAAUGAAUUAUGAUUAAGCAAGAUGAGAUAUGAAUCAUGUAUAAGGAUACCAAAUAUGAGUGUUGUGGUCUCACGGUCAACUACAUAGUAAUUAGGGCUCCCUAUGCUAUUACUCUAUUAUGAUAUGUAUGAUAGCCACACCUCUCAUGUGGUGGUGACUGAAGAAUUCUUAUGAGAUAUGACCACACCCAGAGCGGUGUCGGGGUAUGACCACACCCAUAGUGGUGUGGGGUAUGUAUGACCACAUCCGACGGGAUGUUGGGGUAUGUAUGACUACAUCCGACGGGAUGUGGGGUAUGUUUCCCGGGAGAGUUAUUAGCAUGGGAGUAGCCUAGCGCCUAUAAGUAAAACAUGAAAAGAUGC